UUUAAAAAUGCUGCUCUUAUUUCAAUAACAGUUUUAAAAUAACUUCUUACAUUUGAGUAUUGACAACCGUAGCAGGCGAAAUCUGAAAUCGAUUUUAAUAAAAAAGACUGGUAUCGAGUGUUUGAAAUAGAAUGAAAAUAAGAAUACUGAUAGCGUUGUUAUGUUGGGCAUGGAAAUGGGAGAUUACGCACCAGCAAGAAGAAGAAGAAGCAGAAUGUAAGGAUAAAAUAACCUACUGUGAAUCGAUAACGCAAUACUGUUCUGAUCCGACCUACGAGGUGUACAUGACAACUAACUGUCCAAAACACUGCAAAUUAUGUCCAUCAGAUAUCGAUCCUGAUGGAUUGUGCAGAACUGAUAAGGGUGGAUGCAGCCACACCUGUGAGGUUGAAGACCAAGUAAAAAAAGUAUGUAAGUGCUGGGAAGGAUAUGAACUUGGAAGCGACGGAUUAACUUGUCGAGAUACCGAUGAAUGCGCUAAUGAAGGAAUCUGUGUGCCUGGCAAAAUUUGCAAUAACUUUGAAGGCGGAUACUCUUGUGUGGAAGCACAAUGUACUGGGGAAAAUGAGAGUCCAUAUAUGGGAAGUGCAGACUGUUGUCAAAAUCCACCAGAGGACGCAGAAUGUGGAGUAAACGCUUUAAAAAUAAGUAGAAUUGUAGGUGGCAAUAACUCGCAUACGGGACAAUGGCCUUGGCAGGUUUACAUAAGAAUCGAUGGGUCAACCUUGUGUGGUGGGUCGCUGUUGAAUGAAAGAUGGGUUGUCACAGCCGGCCAUUGCUUCAGAGGUUAUACUAAAGCAACAAAAAUGGUACUAUAUUUCGGUGUCAUCAAGCUGAACGAAUUAAAAAGAUCUUCUGUUCAAAAAAGAAAUCUUAAGCGGCGUAUCAUGUAUCCCGGCUGGAACGAUGAAGAGUAUUAUGUUAACGACAUUGCCCUCAUAGAGAUCAACAAGCCUGUAAAAUUCACAAAGUUUGUGAAGCCUAUUUGUCUCCCAAAUGGAGAAAGACCGAAAGUUGGAUACAAAUGCUACGCAGUCGGAUGGGGACUCACCGAUCAAGAUUCGUUAGAUCCAUCCAAUCGCCUGCAACAUGUGGAUUUGCCGAUUAUUCAUCCAGACAAAUGUACCGAAUCUUACAAAGACGAAGACACUCCAUACAACGAAACGAACAUGGUAUGUGCUGGAUACGAGGAAGGAGGCAAAGAUGCAUGUCGAGGUGAUUCUGGAGGACCUUUCGUUUGCCAGCGUUGUUCGAGUUGUUCUUGGUACUUAGCUGGUGUGGUGUCUUUUGGAAGCGGGUGUGCGCAAAAAGGAUUUCCCGGUGUUUAUUCAAAUGUUAGUUUUUUUGAAGAUUGGAUUUCAGAAAAGACUUCAAUUCCCGUCAACAGUGACCAAGCUUGUACUGGCCCCCAUUUAACACAGUGGUCAAGAUGGAGUGCUUGCGCUAAGACUUGCGGCAAUGCGGGACAACGUUCACGCAGUCGAAGAUGCCUCGACAAAGGUAUUGACAGUGACAAAUGCCGAGGAGAUACUCAACAGACAGAAGAAUGUCCAUUUAAAGAAUGCCCGACAUUUGGUGUAUUUGGUGACUGGACAAAGUGUUCAAAACCCUGCGGAACUGGCGUACGAACUCAAAUUCGAGAAUGCUUAAAUGGGCAAGUUGGUGAUGAUGGAUGUCCGUCCGAUCAAGCCACAAGAACUGAGAAUUGCAACGAACAACCAUGCCCAAAAUGGAAGAAUUGGUCAAAAUGGGCCAGUUGUACAGUUACGUGUGGUCAAGGAACACAGGAUAGAACGAGAGAAUGUGAUGGACAGAAAUGUGAAGGAAAUAGUGAAGAAACGAGAGAAUGUACCGAGCCCGCGUGCCCAGGUUGGUCCGAAUGGAAAGUUACAGGCGAUUGUUCCACCACUUGCGGCGAAGGGAGUCAAGAAUGGACACGUACAUGUAGUGGAACUGGUUGCCCAGGAUCAGGCACCAAAACUGAGACAUGCAACGAAAAAGAUUGUCCAGUAUUCGGAAAAUGGGAAGGAUGGCAACGUUGUAGUGUCACCUGUGGUGGGGGUAAGAGAAUAAGAACAAGACCAUGUGAAAACGGAAAAAUAGGAGACGAGGGAUGCGAAAAGAGCGGAGAAUCAGAAGAAGAGAAUUGCAACGAAAAUAAGUGCCCCGAAGCCGGAAAAUGGACAAAAUGGAGUGAUUGGUCUGAUUGCGAUGUAACAUGUGGUGAAGGCAGCACUACGAGAACGAGAACAUGCGAGGGGGCAGAAGUUGGCGAUGUUGGAUGCGAUGAAGGUGGGGCAAACGAAGCAAAAAGAUGUACCUUAGCUACAUGCCCUUCGAAAUGGGGACAAUGGGAAGAUUGGUCGGACUGUUCACAAACUUGUGCUCGGGGUGUAAGCACGCGAAAUAGACGCUGUGAGGGUGGGAAAGUGGGCGAAGGAGAUUGCGUACCAGCUUCUGCAGGCAAGGAGGAGAGAGAAUGUAACGCGAUAUCUUGCACAGAAUGCAUCGAUGCAGCGGCCGUAAAUGAUCCAGAUUAUUGUGAUAACUAUUUUUCAACAGCAGCAAGUUGUAAUAGGUAUCCUGAAUUUGCAGGACAAUAUUGCGCAAAGUCGUGUAACCUUUGUAAAGGCAUUCAUGAACAUUGGCAAUCUUGGGGAGAUUGUUCAAGAACAUGUGGACCUGGUACUAGAAGAAGAACUAGGGAAUGCAAGAGUAGUGCAGGAUGUGAUGGAGAAUCGGAAGAAACGGGAGAAUGCGAUAGUCCGUGUCAAGGAUUUACAGAGUGGUCGCAAUGGAACAAAUGUAGUCAGACUUGUGCCGGUGGUACACAUAGGCGAACCAGGUCUUGCCCAUUCAAAAGUUGCCCACCUGACGAAACUGGUAGCACAGAACUAUCUCAAAACGAAGAAUGUAAUGUCGACCCAUGCCCGGGUGUUUGGGAUGAUUGGGGUAGAUGGGGCAAGUGUAGCGUCACAUGCGGUACAAAUGGUGUAGAAACAAGAGAAAGAAAAUGCAUUGGGGGAGAACCCGGAGGACCUGGUUGUUCAGGAUCAGCAACUCGCACGAGACCAUGCCGUAACACUGAACGUUGUCCACCAACAUGGGGCGAGUGGACUGACUGGUCUGAUUGUUCCGAACCAUGUGGCGGAGGAACUCGAUCAAAGACGCGAAGGUGCCAAGGAAGAGGAUGCCAAGGGGAUCGAAUAAUGCGUGAAGACUGUAAUAUCGAAAAGUGCUCAGUGAGAUGGGGAGAUUGGAGUGUUUUUGGUCCGUGUGACUCAAACUGCCUUAGGUGGCAAACGAGAACCUGCAUCGGAGGGAGGCAAGGCGAUGUUGGAUGUUUGGGUGAAUUUAGAAAAUCUGAAAAAUGUGAAAAUUGUGGACCUGCAUGCGGACCCGUGUUCUCGGAUCCUCUGGAAUGUAGAUUCAUCCCUUCUAAUACCUGUGUUAUAAAUACAGUACAGAGACAAUGUCCAAACACUUGCUGCUCAGCACUUGCUUCCAUUCCUUGCAAUGACAAUCCCGAAUAUGCAGGUUGGUGCCGAAUAACUGCACUAUGCAGGAACAAAACGUAUGAACUGAUAUAUCAACAAAACUGCAGAAAAUCUUGUGGAUUUUGUUAAACAGUAAAACCCGACGAGUAAUAUUUAUUGACUUUGUGCGAUGUCUAUUUCAUACAUUUUUACGUGGUAGGCAAUGUAACGCUUGUUGUAAACAAUAUUUCUUUUUCCUAAUAAAGUUGGAAACGUUUAGGUAUUUUUUGUUGCUUAGAUUGAUUGGUAAUUUUGAAAUUGUCUUACAGCAAGUAACAUAAUCAUAAUGUAAGCUUAAUCACUUUAAUUUACCAUUGAAUGAAAAUCCAGUGCCACUUCGGUUUGCUUUCGGUUUGCUAUCUCAGCGGAUACGUGAUUUCAGUGACUUUAGCAUUACCCCAAUCCAGAAGGCGGCAACCUUUGACGCUCGCAGGCCAAAAUUAUAGGUUGCAAGUCGAGCGAGCCGCACAUAUUUUAAAAACCGAACGGAUGACCGAUGAACCACAAUUCUUUCACACAGAUCAGAAGUUGAAAUUUUAUAUUUUAAACAUCACUAAUCCGAGUUCUCAGAUUGUUCUUUGUAAUGUUCUUUUUCGAAAAUAAUUGUUCGCACGCCUGUAUACUUAAAAACAUCGAUGUGAAUUUUUUUGCAUGGAUUGUCAAAUUAGGAUAAGAGUUUCCUUCAAGAAGAUACUUUUUAAAAAAAUCAAGCAGUGAUACAUCUUUCGAAUAGUAUAUGGACUUUUCUCAUUGCAUCUAAAGAAAGUUCCAUUCGAAUAUAUUCUGCGUCAUUGAACCCUCUGCACUCAGCAUCAGCUUUUCUGCUUGUUGCCAUUUGUCUAAUUAUAAUCAAAUUGUAGGCUCGUUUAAACGAGUAAACUGUUCACUGAAUUGUUAGGUUAUAAUAAAUUUCAUCCACACAUAUCUCACAACAAAUUUUGUUACGUAAUGAAUAUAAUCAAAUUCUCGAGCGUUAUUAGGUAUAAAAUUAAUUCAUCGUCAAAACCUCUGUUUGUUGCUAUAAUUCAGUGAAGCAUCGCGGGCCAGAUAAUUGUACUCGGCGGGCCGUAGAAUGUCGACCCCUUCCCUAACCCAACGAUGGCGGAGUUGGGGUUAGAUGCUGAAUUCUAUAAGAAUGUCCUUAUGAGAUUAAACGCAUACCGAAGUGACAUCACAAGUGUCACCAGUCUUAAUCAACUGUCCUUGUUUAUUUGCAAUAUCUUUUUCCUUCCAAAAUUUAAAGUUUUAGUAAUUAUAGGAAAUUACGCAUGAAUUAGUAUAUAACGUGAAGCAUUUUUUUCAGUUUUCCAGAAUGUACGGCCAAAUACACAAAGUCUUUUAAAAUAUUUUAAAUUUUUUAUUGUGAUUGGCAAACAAUAUUGACAUCAAUACAUGACAUGCAACCAGAUUACAAAAGUGGUAUAUAUAUAUAUAUAUAAAUAUAAAUAUGUUGGACUAUAUAUAUAUUAUUGUAACUUCUAAUAUUAAAAUAAAGGAAUGAUUAAAUAUACUAGUGACCAUAGUCGUGUUUUUUCACAAGUUUGGUUUAGGUUAAAAAAAACUUUCGCAUUCCUCACGAAAACAUUCUUUGUGAUAAAUGCUACAUACUUCUGUUGAUAUGUUCAAUUAGUUGGAUGAAUACUAUUUUAUUACGAACAGCGUGUGCUUGGGCCCCUAGAAUUUUACCUUUACAUUUUCCUAUAUUGUACAAUUUCUUUUAAUUGAAUUGUUAUGUUACCGGUAUUAUUUACUGAGGUGACAACAAAUAACUUAUAAACUUGCAAUUACACCACGAAGAGUAACUAAAAAAUGUGAUUGAUUAAAACUGAAACAAAAUUAAGAAGUUGAUUUGCCCUAGGUAAAUAUAAUGAUUCAUUUGCUUUCAGUUUAUUUUACACGUAUUGUUCCCGGCAAUUUUGCCCAUAGAAUUUUUACAACGAUGGUACAAAAUGUUCCCGUGAUAGUUAUGUUUGCAUAUUAAUGACGCGAUAAAUGUGGCUUAAAGUAAUUUUUAAACUAAUUUUUGGCAUUUCUCCAUACCAAACUAUUGCAUCUAACUACUUUGCUUGAAAUAAUCGAUUUCGUUUCAACUAUCAAUAAUAAGUUAAGAUUAAGUAUUGAGCUUAUUCACAUUAGUCUAAAUACAUCUUGAUUCAGAAAAAUUAUGUACACCUGUUCUUUUUCUAUGUGUUAAUGUUUUAGCUUUAUCCAUGUUAUAUUUUGAAUAUUUCCUGUAAUAUUGGUGAUUAACAUCGCCCAUAUAAAUAUAUCCAAUACUCGUAUUAUCUUGUGUGUGUAUUAUAUUGACAGAAACUGUCUUUGCGUUUUAUGUUUAUAUAUUCCGAGUUACACCCAAAUUAGUGAUGAUUAUAAAUGGGAAAACUGAGGUAGAAGUCCACUGAUAUUGAAAAUGAAAUGCUAUAUUCACUUUGCAUAUAGAUGAAUCGAUUGAUAUUUUACAAAUUUGUUUACAACAGAAUAAAUUUCUGAAUAAAGUGA